AUGUCCCAGGGUGCUGGUGGUGAGAUAAGGCGCUCGUUUUACGAUCCGGCCAGCAGAGAGCCAAGCCUCGGCGGCCAGACGGCUGUGUGCGGCCGUGGCCACCUCGAAGCAGCCAGUGCUGGAAAGCAGCUUCGUCUGCAUCCCGCCUCCGGCUUGUGGAGGCGGCCCCCGGGGGCGGCCCUGACCUGGUGGUCCUUCCUCUCCCGGACCUGGCAGCGUUCUCUCCGUUCUCUCCGCGGCCUCGGCUGGGGAAUGCCAACUAGUACUGGGGGCGUGGGGCGGCAGGAGCCUUCCCCCCGGGGCGGAGCCGGAGCAUUUCAGUGCAUCGAGGCUAUGCAGACCUGCUUCACUCAGGACCAGCUGGUGGUGGAGUGGCAAAGCUCUGCUCUGGAGGUGGAUACAUGGAUGAUUGAGUGGGUCCCAGAUUUGGACUCAGAGUCCUCGACCAUUUCAUGGGAAUCUGUGUCUCAGACCAGGAACUGGACAAUCCAGCAGGAUGAACUAAAACCUUUCCGGUGCUAUAACAUCUCUGUGUAUCCAAUGUUGCAAGACCGAGUGGGUGAGCCAUAUUCUAUCCAGGCUUAUGUCAAAGAAGGUGGUCCAUCAGCAGGUCCCAUGACAAAGGCGGAGAACAUUGGUGUGGAGACAGUCACAAUUACAUGGAAGGAUCCCAAGAGUCAGAGAAACGGUUUCAUCAACAACUGUACCAUAUUUUACCAAGCUGAAGAUGGAAAGGAAUUCUCCAAGAUAGUCAACUCCAGCAUCUUGCAGUAUAGCCUGGAGUCCCUGACACGAAAGACCUCUUACACUGUUCAGGUCAUGGCCAGCACCAGUGCUGGGGGAACUAGUGGCACCAGGAUAAACUUCAAGACAUUGUCAAUUAGUGUCUUUGAGAUUUUUGUUAUAACUUCUCUGGUUGGAGGUGCCCUUCUUAUUCUCAUCAUCCUGACAGUGGCGUAUGAUCUCAAAAAACCCAACAAAUGAAAGCACCUAUGUUUGCCCAGUGUCCCCAACCCUGCUGAAAGCAGUAUAGCCACGUGGUGUGGAGAUGAUUUAAAGGAUAAGCUAAAUCUGAAGGAGUUUGAUGACUCUGUGAACACAGAAGAAGAUGGGAUUCUAAAACCAUGUUCUGCCCCCAGUGACCUUAUUGACAGGUUGGUGGUAAAUUUUGAGAAUUUUCUGGAAGUGGUUUCCACAGAGGAACCUGAAAAGGGUCAGGAAAAUAUCUUGGGAGGGGAAAAGAAUGAGUACAUGACCUCCCCAUAUGGGACUUACUGUCCCGCAGUUUCAGUCGAGAUUCCACCGAGAGAAUCGCAACACCUAUGUUCUGGAACGCCAGAGGGGAUCUGCUCAGAAGCCAAAGAGCAUCCUCUCCCUCCUACCCAAGGUUUAGGGCCAGACCAUCUCUGUGGGGAAGGAGCACCAAACCCAUACUUGAAAAAUUCAGUGACAACCAGAGAAAUUCUCAUGUCUGAAAAACUUCUAGACCAAACCCAAAGAGAAGUCUAAAUGCCGCCACGGCUUGAAUCCCCCUACGUCUCAGUGUGCAUGACUCACAGAGAGAAGACUUGGCUACAAGAGCUUCCUUGGCGUCUCCCCAUCCCGCUUGUGUUAGAGAAAGUUUCGCACACCCCCGAGUGACGCGUUGAGCUUGGUUGGCCCAGACGUGUAGCUUGCUUGAGAAGAAAGGAUGGUGGACUUCCCUGGUGGUGCAGUGGUUAAGAAUCCGCCUGCCAAUGCAGGGUACACGGGUUCGAGCCCUGGUCUGGGAGGAUCCCACAUGCCGUGGAGUAACUAAGUCAGUGCGCCACAACUACUGAGCCCACGUGCCACAACUACUGAAGUCCACAUGCCUAGAGCCCGUGCUCUGCAACAAGAGAAGCCACCGCAAUGAGAAGCCUGCGCACUGCAACGAAGAGUAGUCCCCGCUCUCCGCCCGUGCACAGCAAUGAAGACCCAACGCAGCCAAACAUAAAUAAAUAAAUAAAUAAAUUAAAAAUAAAGAUUUAAGGGCUUCCCUGGUGGCACAGUGGUUGAGAGUCCGCCUGCCGAUGCAGGGGACACGGGUUCGUGCCCCGGUCCGGGAAGAUCCCACAUGCCGCGGAGCGGCUGGGUCCGUGAGCCAUGGCCGCUGAGCCUGCGCAUCCGGAGCCUGUGCUCUGCAACGGGAGAGGCCACAACAGUGAGAGGCCCGCGUCCCACAAAAAAAAAAAAAAAAAAAAAGAUUUAAAAAGAAAGGAUGGUGAUCAGCCUGAGCACUUUGCAGAGGAAAAGCAGUUUAUUUUCUUUUGUUCAGAUAACAAGCUCUCGCUAAGGCCUCUGACGGAUUGACUUGGAGGGGCAGUGGACACCAGAGGCGGACAUAUCUGGCCUUCCUGAGGAAUUGGGCCAUGGGCACAGUCUUUGCUGGGACCACUCCUCGCAGCUCCAAGAGAGACUUUCCCUGUUGCCAAAGAACAGUUGCUUAGUUGGCACUUGGGUGGUCUGCCAGGAGGCGAGGCUCUCUCCCUCCACCUUGACCUCCCUGGCUCCAGGCUACACCUCUGAGGUAGCGCUGACACCACUUUAGAGAUUAAGUCUCUCUCUCAACAUAGUGGUGGGAGGUGGUGUGGCCCUCCUGAUGGUGUGCCUGAAAUGCCUCAUUACCCUCAUUAAAUCUCAAGUGUCUGUAGCAAAACCCCCACCCAGGGCUCUUGCCCUUGGUCCACUGCAUGGCUGGGGAUAGAGGAACGAGGGAGGGCCUUGGCAGCGCGCUGGGGAACGGACUCUCGCUGGGCCGGCAGGUCCACACCACUGUCCAGACCACUGCCCAGCCCUGCAGACAGUUCCUGGAGGCCCUCGCUGCCCCUCUAUCUUGCACCCAAGCCUGGGAAUAGAAAGAUACCAAAGACUGCAGCAGCUUUUUACAGGGACUCUGUCCCCUCACGCUGGCUCAGAGCCCAGGAAUGCUUACUAAACACACCCUUCAAAGGCCUCUUCCCAGAAGCAGCUGAGUAGGGCCUGUGGACAUGGAAUGCUUAGCACCUGUGCUGCUCCAACACCAGGACUCCUCUGCCUUCGCGCGGCAAAGCCCAGGGCUUGCAACCAUGACUGGAGCCUCUAGCUCCAGUGCUAAUGGCAGAUACCUGGGAACUUAUGGCUGGCACUGGGCUCCUACCCUGAGCACAGUGACAUCACGUGACUUCCUGACGUGUGGCUAAGACUCACCUGGCCAUCAGGGGAGGUCGCUGAGAGCCUGGUGAGAUGGGGGCAGCAGGGCACAGUGAGCCCGGCAUUUGCCAGAGAGAAAGGCUGACGGUAAUUUUCCUGAGUGCUUGAGAAGUCAGUGCUUGUGUAGCAGGCGACUUCACAAGCCACCGACUCAGGUGUGCAAAACCAUCACUUUACUUUUCUAGAACUAAACUUAAUUUCUGGCCCAAGGCCCUGGCCUUUCGAAGUGGCCAUGGCCCAGUGCAAUGAUUUGCGUCGCCUCAGGUUUGUAACUCGGUCUCACUAGGGAUUUUGUGCCCCAUCCACCCUGGGACUGGCUCUGAACGCCAACGGAUGUUCAAGAGAGCAGCACGGAGUCUGCUGCCCAGCGCUGGGCAGGGAUGUGCCUCCACGCCUUCCCGCCACCUGCCUCUGUCCUCAGCCAAUGGCUGCAUCCUUAUCACAGGCACAAGCAGGGGUGAUGCUUUCCCAAAGCUCUCCUCGUUAAAUCUCCAGCGUCUGUAGCACCCUCCCACCCCCCAAAUUCGUCACUCCUAGUUUACAGAACAGCAACUACUGAUAAAUCAAGGAAUAAGGGGGGCCUGGAGCAGGGCUCUGGGGAACCUGUGUCCUGGGAGUGGAAAGGGACCAAGCGAAGGGGAUACAUGGGGUCCCGGCUGUGGUGGGUUCUCUCCGCCCUGAUACCUCCCCCACCCCCCCGACUGUUGUGAUGUGGGCACUUCUGUGAGCCGCCAGUCCCUCAGAGUUCCAGACGGGGCCCUUUCCGCCUGCUUCUGAUUUGUGAACUCACCGGAAGUCCUAGCUUGGUGCCCCAAAACUCCUCCCUCCCUCCUGUGACCCUCUGCCACCUCCAGCUGAGGGACGGUGCAGGGGGGCCGGAGGAGCCCCUCUAAUCUUGUUGGUCUCACACCUGGGUGAGGCUUUUGAACCUGAAGUCCAAGAAUUUGAUGGCUGGGGAGAAGAAAAGGUCACAGGUGGCUUCUGUGAGUGGGUUUCAGAGAUGAAGAUGUUACCCUCUUCUCUCCUUCCCUUAAUUAUUCAUUAAAGCCUGAAUGAAUAGUUUGCAAAUACCACACCCUGGCCCUUAAUCUUUUCAUUUCUUCUUCCCUUUUCUCACUUUCCUUCUUGCCUCCUGUCUUCUGCUUCUUUUUUCCCACGACUCCCAGCAGCUUCUCAUCUUUUUAACACUUCCUUUUUUUUUUUUCCUAUUUCUUGUUUCUUUCUUUUUAUUCCUUUCUCCCCUUCCCAUCAGCCCUGCUUGUAUGAUUUCCAAAUUUACUUUUGCUACCUUUGAGGGCUAGGGAAAUCAGGGUCCUCUGUUUUGUUCUAGACGGUCCAAGAUAGGUUCAUAGGAGUCAGCAUCUCCUCUAGUAAGAGGGGCAGGAAGCCCAGAAGCGCAUUCUGCAGGCCACACACUUCGCUCUCCAGAGCAGAUCACAGGACAUGGCCUAAAAGAAGGCAGUGGUGACCUUCCUCUCCUGGAAUCGAGUCAUGAACUGUCCCCACUCCCAGUGUCCUGCGCUGCCUCUGUGACUGGAGAAGGUCAUCUGCGUUUUCUCUGUUAACUGUCAGAGAGACGUUGAGAGGACACAAACAGGAAAACUUGUGUUUUAGCAAGGUCAUUAAAAACUGAUAAAAUUCCCGUUAGAGUUUUCUAGGGCUCUGGGAACCAUGCAAACACCUACGUUAGUGCCCUAUCAAUAGCUUUCCUUUUACAAUAAUAUCAGGGAAAAAAAUGUUAAAGAAUGGCAGAGAAGCCAGUCUGUGGUUAAAAAAGAGAGAUGAUACCUUCAUUCUUUCUCGGGUGGCUACAGUAAAACACAGUAAAAGCACCAGGUCGGGGGCGGGUCCGGGUGGGGAGGGGCGUGGCUUGAAAAGGGCCCCAGCCGUCCCCAGGCCGCUCCUACCUCGUGCGGGGAAAGCCCGUGCGGCCUGCCGGCUGCGCGGCCCGCGCCCCACUCACUGCUGCCGCUGCAGGCACGCUUCAGCCCAGGGCUCAGCCAGCCAGCCCUCAGGCCCAGUCUGGGCCCUGUUUCUGUGGGCCCAUGAGCCAGAAAUGAUCCUGACAUUUUGAAAGGCUAGAAAACGAAAUGAAAGGAAGAAUAACGUUUUAAUGAGGUGUGAAAAUUCCAUAGAAUUCAAAUUUCGGUGUUUACCGGUGAAGCCUAAUUGGAACACAGACACGCCAUCCUUUAUGUGUCACCCGCGGCUGCUACCCACAGACAGAACUGAGUAGUAGCUGUGACACAGAGUUUCUCCUACAGAACCUAAAAUGAUCACCAUCUGGCCCGUUACAGAAAUAGUUUGCUGGCCCACCCCUGUGUAGCCCACAGACAUGGGGCUCAGACUGCACAAAGCACUUUAACUUGGAAAUGGUUGCUAAUGAGAAAAAAAAAAUCAGACUGUGUCAUCCUGGGUUUCUAACAGGAUAGGGACGGCCCGCUUGGAGGGGCACACAUCCCUGGCUCGCCAGAGCCCUCACAGUCGCUGUCCCUGCUGCCCAGAGCCAAGCUGGAGACUUGUUGGCUACUUACCACUUACUCCAGUGGUCCUUGACCCAGGUCAUUUUAUCUCCCAUCCCCCAGCCAUCACACAUUUGGCAAUGCCUGAGGAUCCGAGCUCACCUCUGCCCUGGGCCCACGUCCCUUGCCAUGGGUGCUGUUCAGCCUCCAUACAGAGCUCUAGGUGGCACUCUUUUUUUCUUUGUAAAUUUAAAUUUUGUUUUGGAUUCAACUUUACAACAACAUCGACGGCAAAAAUCUCGUAAUACCAACUAUUUAUAUCAUUCUUAAUUCACGCCUGAUAUGAUCUGUGUGUCCCUGUACAUGUUUUCAUCUAUUGCAAGUUAUAUAUUGAUUCGAUUGCAGUCUCCCUUUACUGUCACUUAUUUAUUUCGUGUGUAAAAUUCCAUGUAUGAAUAUAGCUCAUGGUGGCCACACGGAACCCCUCGAUGUACCUGCGUGUUGUGGCUUGCUAAGAAUUGUUUUAAACGUCCUCUUCGUAUAGAGAGACACUUUAGGGAACUUCGUUGCACAAAAUUUUCUUUUCCCACAUUUGUCCUCACUCCUUGGGACUGUUUCCAGAGGUAGAAUGGCUGGGUCAGAGUUUUAUGGUUACUGCAUGACUGUGCCUCCGCAAAAGCUACACUGAUUUGCAAUAUCACCAGACACGUCUGAAGUAUCCUUUGUCCUUUUCCACUGGUCAUCAGCUCUUCAUUGCUGUUAAUUGGAUUUUGUCAAUUUACUGGGUAUGGUCAAUGAAACUUCAUAGUUAUUUGUGUUGCUUAAAUCAUUAUGAAGCUAAACUUUUCCCAUCUAUAUCUUACUGUCCACAUGUCCACCUGUUGACAUUACAGAGUCUUCUAUUUCUAAGCUCCCAGGGGCGUUGAGAGACCAGCUGAGCGCUAGAAAUGAGAGGCACUAAGCAGGACUUCAGAACAAUUGAUGGACUUUGUCCUCUGGUUGACUAUUUAAAAGUAUGUGGGUUUUGUAGGGUAUUUAAAAAGACAUUUCAUGCAGAUGUAUUUUAACUGUUUUAUGCAAACAUUAAUUAGCGACAAGGCCUAUUUAUAAUCAAAGUAUGUGGCUUUACCGUGUCUUGCGCUCUUGCUGGGUGGGAGGUCCGGAGCGGAGUGACAAGGGUCAUCAGCAGGCCUUGUUCCCUCUGCAGCUUUUACUGGACACUCGGGUCAGCAGGGGGAGAGUUUGCUCAGAAGCACAAACAGCCACAGUCCACGUUUGCAAGGGCCUGGAGACCUCCCCUGCCCUCCGCGCUGAGCUCCUGCUGGGCCAUCCUGUCCAGAUGCCUGUCCCCUUGCUACUGAGAAAGGUGCGGGAGAGGCGGGGGGUGGGAGGUGACCCCUCCAGGAGAGCUCACAGCCAGCCGGCCCUGAGCCGCAGGGGGCUGUUCAAGGGAAUCGAGGUGCUGAUUCCCUUUGUAGGAAUGGAAUUCUCUGUCCUGCCCAACUUCACUAUAUGUGUACGGCGAAAUGCCAGGAAGGUGUCCGGAGGCCUGGACUUGGAGACAGAAAUCAAGAUGUGCAAACCAGAAUGAUGAUGGCAACGAGGAAGGCUGACCACGUGUACCAGGAGAGAUGCCUCUCUGUGGGCUGUGCACGUUGUCUUUUCCACAUACUGUUCGUAUGUCGAUGCAACACGUAAUGCAUGUACAAGAAAGUUCUCUGUCUUAAGGAGAGUAUGAAGACAUGUUGUUAUAAUGAGAAUAGCCUUUCAAAUGCUUUAU